AUCAUUGUGAUUAUUAAAAUGGUGGAUUAUGGCGUGUUUGUAUCGUGUGUAUCGUGAAAGAACCAGAGGUUAUGUAUUUUAAAAAUUAAGUAACAAACCUCGAAAAUGUCGUUAUACGACGAUUUUGACAAGCACAGAGCUGCAGAUAAGGUGGCGGGAUGGUCAUCGGGGAUAAAAUUAUUACAGUCUCAGCUGCAAUUGAAAAAGGCAGCAACAACUCAGCCAAGACGUGAGCAAUAUCGUAAAGCAACAGCAGUUCUUCCACCAGUGAUAGACCUGAAAUCAAAAACAGCACUUACUCGAGAACCAGAAGACGAAGUUGCCAACAACAUCUUCCCCUCGGUUCCCAACAAUACGGCAACAUCCGGUGAAUUUGAUUGGAAUGUUGUGAAUGAAUACGACCCCAUGUGGCCAAAUGAGUACGACAAAGUUGUGAAGGAAUUGCGGGACAUAAAGGAGAAGGAGUAUGAUCAGGAGGCAGAGCAACGGAAGAGGCGAAGAGAUACGACGAGAUUUGAGGAGCCAGUGGGCAACACCACUAGCACGAUGAUUGUUCCAGAGAGGGAUGAGGAGAGGUCUACGACGUCGAGGGUCACUGUGGGGGCUGCUAUAGCACCUCCACCAUCUCUUCAGGAAUCCUCAGAGCCUCUCGUGUCCUCUCCUGCUCCUGUUUCAUCACCUGGACCACCCAGGGGUGGUGGAGGUAUGGGGUAUGCCACGUCGUCUGUUGCUGCCAAAAUAAUGGCGAAAUAUGGAUUCAAGGAGGGACAGGGCCUCGGAAAGAAGGAGCAGGGGAUGAGUGUUGCUCUUCAGGUAGAGAAAACCAGCAAGAGAGGCGGUAGAAUCGUGGGGGAGAGGGAACAGCUGAUGCCUCCACCUCCGACUGUUCCAUCACCUCCUAGUGCAGGACAGGGGAGUGAUGAACCCAGCAUCACUGAAAUCAUGAAGAGUCCUAGCAAGGUGGUUCUUCUUAGGAAUAUGGUAGGUCCUGGUGAAGUCGAUGAGGAUCUUGAGCCUGAAGUUAAGGACGAGUGCAACACGAAGUAUGGAGAUGUUGCAAGGGUUGUGAUCCAGGAGGUGCCAGAUGUCCAGGCAGAAGAGGCUGUUCGUAUCUUCGUCGAGUUCAAGAGGAUAGAGAGUGCUAUCAAAGCUGUGGUGGAUCUCAAUGGGAGAUUUUUCGGGGGUAGACAGGUCCGGGCUGGAUUUUACUCCAGCGAAAAACUGGACAACUAUCAACUACUCGACUGAAUCAACACCUGAAAUCGCUUAAUUAACCUUUACGAUAUUUAUAUUUACAGAAUACCUAUCCAAUACAUUCUCUUUCGUGUAUCCAGUUCCUGAUAAAUUGUAAAUAUUUGAUA